AUGACAUGCUUGCAGUGUCCGUUGAUUUAUAAGGAUCGGAAGUUCCUUGCGAACCUCAAUUGCUUUGGGCUUAAAGAGCUCGAUGUGAUUCUGGGAAUGGAUUGGUUGGCGCAGUAUCACGUUCUCUUGGACUGUGCUAACAAGGCCGUAGUCUUCCCGGAUUCAGGCGUUACAGAUUACUUGAAUUCGUACACCUUGGGAAAGAGUUCACCAGCAUUCGUGAAUUCUGUUGUAGCGGAAGCGAAGAACGACGGCGAUGUACGCAACAUUAUGGUGGUACAAGACUUUGUGGAUGUAUUUCCAGAAGAUGUGCCCGGAUUAUCGCCAGUAAGAGAAACAGAGUUCUCUAUUGAUAUUAUGCCUGGCACGGGACCAAUAUCAAUGGCGCCUUAUCGAAUGGCACUAGCAGAAGUGACGGAGUUAGCAAAGCAGUUGGGUGAUCUCUCUUCCAAGGGAUUUAUUCGACCGAGUGUGUCGCCGUGGGGAGCACUUGUGUUGUUGGUGGAGAAGAAGGAUGGAAGGUCCAGACUAUGUAAGGAUCUGAAUAUGAGGCAGCGAAGGUGGAUGGAGUUCCUUCAAGAUUACGAGUUUGCUCUACAGUAUCAUCCGGGGAAAACUAAUGUUGUGGCCGACGCCCUCAGUCGAAAGGCUAUGCAUGUAUCCUCGUUGAUGGUCAAGGAGUUAGAACUACUCGAAGCAUUCCGAGAUCUGAGCUUGGAUGUUAAGGUCGCACCAGGAAAGUUGAGCUUCGGAAUGGUGACGGUGUCGAAUGGACUCUUGGACGAGAUAAAGUCGAGACAAGAGGCCAAUGAAGGACUGAUUGAGUGGUGCAAACUUGUGAUGCAAGGGAAGGCACCAAAGUUUGCUGUCGGGAAUGACAACAUACUGCAUUGCAAAGGACGAAAGGCGAAGGUGGAACAUCAGAAGCCAGCAGGAAAAUUACAGUUGUUGGAUGUUCCGCAGUGGAAGUGGGACAGCGUCUCGAUGGAUUUCGUGACGGCUUUACCACUAACGCGAAGGAGAUUUGAUGCAAUAUGGGUAGUGGUGGAUCGAUUGACGAAGACUGCUCACUUCGUGCCGAUCAAUCUGAACUACAAAGUGGAGAAACUAGCAGAGAUCUACAUUGCAGAGAUUGUUCGUGUGCAUGGGGUACCAUCUAGCAUUGUGUCGGACAGAGACCCGAGGUUUACCUCACGUUUCUGGGGAGCUUUGCAACAAGCUUUGGGAACCAAGUUGAGAUUGAGUUCCACUUAUCAUCCAUAG